GUUUGGAAACAAAGGUUAAAAAUGCAUGUUUUUACAAAACAUAUGAACAUUUUUCCUUUCCAGUGCAAAGUGUGCAAUACUAAGUUCAUCCACGAAGACUCGGCAAUAGCCCAUUGCAAAUCAGUUCACAAGUAUAAAGAAGCUGAUGAGUGGAUAACAUCUGUAGAGCUCCCUGAUAUUAGUCAUUCAAUUUAUGAAAUGGAUGGUGUUGAAUAUAUAGGUGAUGCUACCCUACUCAACAAACCUUUUAACAAACCUAAAUUGAAAACCCAAAACAGCGAAUCUAAGAAAAGGGUAUAUGUCUGUAAAGAAUGUAAGUAUAAGUCAAUAUACAAAAGCGAUGUGCAAAAGCAUAUACAACUGAAGCACCUUUUCC